AUGUCCGACCUACACACCUACGAGUUCAACGUCGCCAUGAGCUGCGGCGGCUGCUCCGGAGCUAUUGACCGUGUUCUGAAGAAGCUGGAUGGUGUCGAAAGCUACGAAGUCUCCCUCGAGAAUCAGACUGCCAAGGUCGUCACUGGCCUGCCCUACGAAACCGUCCUGACCAAGAUUGCAAAGACGGGCAAGACGGUCAAGUCGGCCACGGCUGACGGCGUUGAGCAGUCGGUUGACAUCCCUGCUGCUGCUGCCUAG